AGUAGACAUAUUUCGGUAAAGUUGUCUGUCAGAAUUAAUUUUCUUAUCGACAAUUGGAGUUUUAGUUGAAAUAUUUUCCUCAUAAAAUGGCUUUGUAUUUUCGUAAGAUUUUGCUUGAAAUACCUGCGCUCAAAAGAUGUAUAUCUGCAAGUCAAAAACUCUUUAAGAAACUUCCAGAUCCUCUUGAGCUCUGUACGGGACAACAAAAGAAGGAAAUUUUAGCUUUUAUGGAAGGAAAUUGUGAUCCUUAUCACAUGGCGGUUAUAAAAAGGGGUAGUGGUACUAAGGAUAAUCCCACUUUAAUUCCAUCAGCAUUCAAUGGACGCAUUGUUGGUUGUAUUUGCAAUGACAAUCGUUUCGUCAAUUACAUGUGGCUGGAAAAAGAUUGUCCCAAGCGCUGUGAAUGUGGUCACUGGUUUAAACUAAAGGAAGUUAAAGCUUUUUCGUAAAUGUGGCCAAUAAUUUGAUGAAAGAAUAAUUGUUGAAGGAAUUUCCUCAAAUGUCCAUGGUCACAAGUCAGCUGUAACAUUAUUGUCUAAUUUACCUUUGUAUGUGUAAAUUUUUGAUGAAAUUUUCUAUAAAAUAAAAUUUCGACUAAAAUUUUUCUAAAAUAUAACAAAUAAAAGUUCGACCGGGUCGAAUCUUGGGAACCCCA